AUGGGCCUACACCGUCCACAUUCUCCUGAGUCCUCCAUUCCCUUCUUUCUCUCGCAGACCCGCAAGAGGGUUUUUGCAGCAUCAUAUCGCACCGACAAGAAUCUUGCUACUUUCCUGGGAAGACCGCCUCGACUUCCCUACCAUUACUGCGACGUGGGACUACCCUUGGAUCUCGAUGACUAUAGUCUCGUCCUGGAUAACCUUUCCCUCGACAAGGCUGUCAGGCAACUGACAUCGGAUGGGUGGGGCACGUGCAACGGUGGUCUUCGCCCUGCAACAGUCAUCCGGCUGCGAUACAUGAUUGCGAGGUUGCGAGAGCAGGUGAUGGAACUGUCCUUGGGGCGGGACUCGGUUGGUUCUAGACAGAAUGAACUUCAGCCCGCACCUGUCCAUAGUAAGUCUGGUUAUCCAUCUGGAAUACCUCUAUACGGUGUUUCAAGUCGAGCGUAUUCGUUGCAUGAUCGAGUCGGGGAUAGUUCCCAUUUGAUCGGGAUGUCCUUGAAUGCCCACGAACAAGAUGAGACAAUACCGAACGUGGAUACUCUUGAAACCAGUGAGGACUUCUUAAACUGGCUGGACGAGUUGGGGUUGGACACCAGCGUGCCUGAGUUCUUUCGGUGGCAGUAG